CUCCUCCUCCUCUAGUCUAUGUGUUGUAUGGUCUUCCUUCCUCACUGGCUGGUCUUGUUCUCUUGUUAUUAUUCUUUUCUUGAUCCCCUGGCCCGAGCCAGUAGCAGCUGAGAAGGAAAGAGACUGAUAGCCUCCAGUUACUGAUCCUCUUCCUCUCAUUGAUCGUCUAUAGCUGUAUGUCCUGGACCCGCUAUAUCUCAUCCCACCGCCUCUAACUGUGUUCUGUUCUUCUCUACACUGAAUCAAGAGUCACUCCAGUCCAGUACAUAACUCUUACCAAUUACACUUUGCCACCUGUGGACUCGCCAGUAGCAGCUGCUGUUAGUAACCCAAUGGAGCCAAAGGAGAGAUCUGCUCUUUUUUGUGAUAUUAAAGAUGAUCUUGGUGGACUCAUUGGGGCCUCGGGCCGACCUGAAGAACUCGUUAAGUUAACGACACGAGUGGUACAAGGUGUCAAACGAUUGCUACAAGAUGUCCCUGAUCCAAUAUCAUCCCAAACGACAGCCUCUCUUGCCUCUUUCAUCAAAUCAGCUCAAGUUAUAGCCAAGAACCCACGAGGUGUGGACUCACGGGCCAUCAGUGAGUUAUCCGCCUGCCGUAAAGACGUGGAGUCAAGACUUGACGUACUUGAGAAGUGGCACCUGGCGAGGGACAUAUCAGUCCUCAGACGAUCAAGCCCAGAGGGUGAACUGGAAGAGGUGAUGGACUCCAUUGUAAAACCAUCUUCAGACCAGCGGAGAGAGACUCGUAAAGCUAGUCCUGAGGAACCAACCGUCAGCGAUAAAGAACAGAGACUCACGUGGGACCUCCAGGGAAAGAGGGACUCUCUUUUAUUAAAAAUGGAGCCGCAGCGAGCACCUCCUGAAGUGAAGGAUAUUACUGAGUUGUUAACGGCUGCUGUGAAGGGACUGAUGAGUGGAGCAGAGGAUUUGACGUCUCAUUCGGAUAAGAAAGUUCCUUCAAGAGAGCAGCUACUGGAACCAAUGAUACUCAUUACUGAUAAGGUCUGCCUCCUACUGGAUAUCGUGGACAGUCUGUUUGAUAGCAAGUAUCCAAUGAGGGCUCAGGUCUAUUCAUUCUGUUCUGCCCUGUUAGAUAAUGUUUUAGCUUACGGCUGUCGUUCCAAAGCUAAUGACAUUACCUCAUUACGGAGCAUAGGGACACAGACCCCAGCACUGCUGAAUGCAGCCAAGGUGAUGGUGGAACAGUGUGAGAAGAAAUGUAACAACAAUAAAGACGAGGUUGAGUCUGAUGGGAAGAAAGUUUCUCCUGUACCUCCUCUCUCUUCCUCCCCCCUCCCUCCUACCGCUGCACCUGCGGCCAGUGUACCAGCAACCAGUGUACCAGCGGCCAGUGUACCAGUCGUCACUCAAGAGCCCGUUAAGAAAGGGACUGAAAUAUAUUGUAUAGUGUGUACUACUGAAGCUGUGGAUCAGAAAACACAGCAACCAGUAUCUAAAGGAACUGAGCUAAGCCUAACAGUUCAUGAGAGUACUACAGUUAAUGAUGUUAAACAGGACCUCUCCAAGAUGACUGGUCUACCAUUAGCUGAUAUACAGUUCAUCCAGGGACAGUCUGAACUAUCAGACUCUGCUACCAUUAAUACCAAGAGUCCUCUGCCUUUCUUCUUGUUUAACCGUUCUGAACCAACUGAGGAGGAGAGACGCCUUCAGAGAAAAGAUGAAAGAAAUAAAAGUAGAAUGAAGAUAUACGACCUGGACUGGACCUUCGUCUCUGGACCAGUAGCAGUUGCACUCUAUGAGUAUGACACUUUAGGUGAUGAUAGUAACUUAGCUUUUGAUGAAGGAGAUGUCAUUGAGAUCAUAGAGAAGGGAGGUGAUGGAUGGUGGGAGGGACGUAUCGCAGAUAAGACAGGAUCAUUCCCUGCCAGCUUUGUAGAGGAGAUACAGAGCAGAGAUGAAGGAGUGAAACUGUUAGAAGUGUUGAAGAGAAAGAAAUCAGGAGGAGCAGCAGAAGAAGAAGACACUGUACAAGAGUCCGCUAAGCCUCCUUCACGUCAGUCAAGUGAAGGUAAUGUUUCUCAAGCUAACAUUCUCUCAAAACUGAAGAGGAUUGGGGGCAGUACCCCUGACUUCACCUCCUCUCUCUCAUCCUCUGAUAAGAAGAAUCCUUUCAAGAAGAAGAAGGGAGGAAAAGGAUACACUAACCUCACAGUACAUGAGGAGGAGGAGCAGGACCAGACCCACUCACCAGAGCCCCUCCAUAAACCAUUAGAAGGGAAGAGGUCAAAGCCGGAGGUAAAGGUCAAACCAAAGUCCUCAAGAGGACGGUCUCUUCACCUGCCGAGGGUAAUGGGGACAUCCUCUCCUGUUUCACCUUCACCCACCCCUGAAUCACCCGAACCAACCAGCGCCCCUUCACCUCAGAUGAAUUAUAAAAGGGGCGGGGCAGCCGUGGGUAAGGAGGGAGGGCCCAAGAGGCGCCCCCCUCCACCACGCCCACCUCCUUUUGCAAGCACCCACCCAGCACAGGCUGCCAAACUGGACGUCAUCAUUAAACUGCAAGCUAGUGUCGAUGAGUCUGAUGAGACUCCGCCCACUGAUACAAAACCUUCACAAGAAGACGAAAAGAAAAUUGAAGAAAUAAUUUCAUUUACGUGUGAGGAUCCGGUAAAGUGGGAGGAGCCUGGUAAAGUAGCCACACCCACUGAAGAGCUGUUAAAGUCUACCAACAGCAUGGAGGAUCUAUUGAACAAUUUAAAGGAGUUUGAUGAAAGCACUGCAGCUGGCACUGGAGCCAAUGCUGAACCACCAUAUGCAACUUUAGAUGAGGUACAGACUGACGUAAUGUAUGAGGUGAUAGCCCCGCCCACUGACACACCCUCUACUAAUGAGGUUGUUACUAUUAAGAUAUCGGACUAUAGACCAGACACUGAUGAUGAACUGGACGCUGAACUGUCAGUUUUAGAAACUGAUGAGGCAAGUAAUGGUAAGAAAAAGGGCGGGGCAGUUGAUGGGUUGCUGUUCACUGAAGAGGAGCAGUGGAACCCGCGGGAAUGGGCCCCCAGUCCUGAGCCGGAGGUACGGAGACCCCCUCGCUCUAAGAAACCUCCCAGCUGGUCCUAUAAUGUCUCUAAUUCUCCUAAACUACAACCAAAGACUAAUGGCGAUAAGCCCAACCCACCAGUUGACUCCGCCCAGUUACCAGUAGACUCCACCUCUCGUGGCUCCCAGGGCUCUCCCGUUCCUCCUCCUAAUGUUAUGUCUCGUCCUCGUAAGAGUCCUCAAGGUUCUCCAUUACUAGCUCAUAAGGUGGGAAAGGCCCCGCCUCCAGUUCCUCCCCCUCGCCAGAAACGUGUCAAAGGAGGUCCCCCUGCCCCGCCCACCUCUAAAGGACCUAUGGCCCCGCCCGGUCGUCCUGCCCCGCCCCCUCCUAAACCUUACGGAGGCUCGUCUGAUAAAGUCGUGAAGCCACACCCAUCAUAACCACGCCACUAAGUCAACUGACAUUACUUACGUUAUAUUUUGUUAGCUUGAGUCUCAGUUUAUUUAUAGUAACCAGUGACAUCAUGGACUCGUUACUAAUAAUAGUAACUGUUUUCUAUCUACACCCUGUAGUAAUUCAUUAUUAUUAUUUUUCUCAUAUUGUGUAAUGACGAGUUUAUAUGUUAUUUUAAGUGUUCCGUCCAUUCACUAA